AUGUUAAAUUCAAAAAUUUUGAAAUUUCAUAUUGAAAUACAAACUAUUCUUUGGACAUUUGAUAAUACAUUUAACGAUUUAAGUGGUCAAUUUAUUGGUGUUGGGUAUAAUUCUCCAACAUACACAGCAGGUAUCAAUGGAUAUGGUUCAGCUUUAGCAUUAAAUGGUACACACAAUCAAUGUGUUAUUGUUUAUCCUUACUUAAACAUGAGUUAUAUGAGUUUCACUUGGGAAUUCUAG